AUGGCCUACAACAAGCCUUACAACCCGGAUGCGCUUCCACAAUUCGCCGAGCCCGAGCGAAAACAUGCCUCCCCUUCGCCCUCCCACUACGAGAACAAGCCGAUGCCCCCUCGGCCACAGGAAGGCUACGGACGCCCACACGCCGGCUCGGCAGGGCGGCUCUCCCCAGCAGGACACCCAUCAGGAGGGCAUCAUAACACCCACUCGGGCGUCAUGUCUCCACCUCCCACCGGCGGCCCAAAGCCCACACACCACAACCGGCCCCCUCCCAACUCGAGACCCCCGCCCAGCCCGGCGCCGACUGACGGCGGGGCCGACCCCACGCUGCUGCCGCUCUUCAGGGCUGUUGACAAGGAUGGCACCGGCCAGCUCUCGGAGCGCGAGCUCUCGGCGGCCCUCGUCAACGGGGACUGGACCGCCUUCGACCCGCACACGGUGCGCAUGAUGAUCCGGAUGUUCGACAGCGACCGGAGCGGGACGAUCGGGUUCGACGAGUUCUGCGGGCUGUGGUCGUUCCUGGCGUCGUGGCGCACCCUGUUCGACCGCUUCGACGCCGACAAGAGCGGCAACAUCCAGCUCGACGAGUUCAACAACGCCCUCGUCGCCUUCCGCUACCGCCUGUCGGAGCGCUUCGUCGAGCUGCUCUUCCAGACCUACGACAAGCGCAACGAGGGCGUCCUCAGCUUCGACCUCUUCGUCCAGGCCUGCAUCAGCCUCAAGCGCAUGACCGACGUCUUCAAGAAGUACGACGACGACCGCGACGGGUACAUCACCCUCAGCUUCGAGGACUUCCUGACCGAGAUCCUGAGGCAGCUCAAGUGA